AGAGAGAGAGAGCGAGAGAGAGUGAGUGAGAGAGAGAGCGAGAGAGCUCCAGCUCCAGCCUGGCGCGUGUGUGUGUUUUAUUUUCUCGAUAUCUGGAGGAACAGAGGCGCUGGAACAGAAAUGGAUUGAGAAUAAUUUAUCAGAGCUGUGCUGCACCGACUCUACGGGCUCUGGGAGCCGCAGUGUUGAACCGCGCGAGCUGUUUUAAGAUGCCCCUCUCCUGCCUCUAAUCAGCAUGCCUUAUGGGAUUAUUCCUUUGCAACAUUGAUAUCCCAUCAAAGUUUACAUUCCAUUAUAGGAGACCUGAAGUAAAAGCUCAACUUUCUACAAAACGUUUCAUAAUAAAACUGGAGCAGAGUAUAUUUUAAUACUUUCUCUACCAUUUUGGGAUUUUGUUUGUUUUUAUUUUUUUACUGUCCUUUGUCCUACUAUCCCACUGGGUGAAGGCUUAUCAUGAGAUUCCGAAUCUACAAGAGGAAAGUUGUAAUACUGACUCUGGUGGUGGUUGUGUGCGGAUUUGCCUUUUGGAGUAGCGGGAAACAGAAAAAAGAAAGUGCAGUUUUUCCAAAGGAAGUCGAGACUGUUAGGAGGAGCAGCGUUAGCAGCCAGGCUCAGGUCACAAUCCCAGUAACCCGGAAACCAGUUGAACGAAACGUAACCCUUCCAGAAAAACAAGUUGCCCUCAAGCUUGAGUCAGAUAAUAGCACACUGGUGUACCGGGGGAUUGUGUUCCAGAUCAACUUUGACCAGACGUUGAGAAACGAAGACAAGUUUGGAUCAGUGCGACAGAAGGAUGACUUGGUGAUAGUGGUUCAAGUUCAUAACCGACCAGAGUACCUGAGGCUGCUGGUAGAAAGCUUAAGAAAAGCGAAAGGCAUUGAAAAUGUCCUGCUAAUAUUCAGCCAUGACUUCUGGUCCCAGGAGAUUAACCAAGUUGUGUCAUCCAUUGACUUCUGCCUUGUUCUUCAAAUAUUCUUCCCAUUCAGCAUCCAGCUCUACCCUCACGAGUUCCCUGGUAAUGACCCCAGAGACUGCCCCAGAGACAUUUCCAAGAAAGACGCCUUAAAACUUGGCUGCAUAAAUGCAGAGUACCCAGACUCAUUUGGCCAUUACCGCGAAGCCAAAUUCUCUCAAACCAAACACCACUGGUGGUGGAAGCUGCAUUUUGUGUGGGACAGAGUACGUGUCUUAAAGGAUCACAAAGGACUAGUGCUGCUUAUUGAGGAGGACCACUACUUGGCCCCAGAUUUCUACCAUGUCCUCAAGCUGAUGUCCUCUCUGAAGAGAGAUCAGUGCCCCGACUGUGACAUCCUUUCUCUAGGAAGCUAUGGUCACAUUGGCUAUGCCAGCAAAGCCAACAGAGUGGAGGCCAAGGCCUGGAAAUCCACAGAGCACAACAUGGGCAUGGCAAUGAAUCGGGAGACGUACGAGAAACUCAUCAAGUGCACAGAUAACUUCUGCACUUACGACGAUUACAACUGGGACUGGUCCCUGCAGCACCUCACCGUAGCCUGCCUGCCCACAUUCUGGAAGGUCAUGGUGAGUGAAGCGCCUCGCAUCUUUCAUGCUGGAGAUUGUGGCAUGCACCACAAGAAGUCCACCUGCAUGCCCAACACUCAGAAGACAAAGAUAGAAAACAUUCUUCAGAGCAGCUCCAACCAGCUGUUCCCAAAAACUUUGCUCAUCACAAAGAGACUGCCUGCAUCAGGUGCUGGGGGAGUGGCCCCUCAUGUUAAAAAUGGUGGAUGGGGAGAUAUCAGGGACCAUGAACUCUGCAAGAGCUAUCUUCGGUUACAGUGACCUUAUUCUCUUUUACUGUUUGUUUGUUUUUUGCAUCCUCUAAUGAAAGCCUUUACAAAUUCUUAACGGACUAUAUCUUUAUAUUGCCUGUUUUGUUGAAAUAUUCCAAAUAAAAACGUAUGUGGGUU